ACACAACACCAUACCAGAUCAUGCCCUCAAUAUCGAUAUAAGCAGAAAGUUGUUCUCCGGAAAUAACAAACUGAUUAGGACAUCAGCCGAACCACAAGAAAGCCCUUUCAAGAAGCCACCUGCCCAGGGCGACGGCGGGGUUGGCUCGAUCACCCCCACCAUAACUUACCAUCAGCCUCGUCGUCACCGGCCCGGCUCCAGCCAGAGUUCAGUCAUAAUAUCCAGGCCGGUCAAUGAAGAUGACAUCCACAGAUGGACCGAGGUCAUCGGGACAAGAUACGGCUUCAGAGCCAUGUAUACGAUGCAAGUCUCAGCCUGCGGCACAUGACCUGAGAUCAGAAAAUGUCUGCACACCAUGUUUUGUCCAGUACAUCCAGAACAAGGCGAUCAAGCGCCUCGAGCUCCUCCAGCGCGAGACGCGGGGGCUCAAGCUACCCUCCAAGCCGCAGCGCUACCUCCUGGCGCUGAGCGGAGGGCCCAGCUCGACGUGCCUCCUCGACGUGCUGUACGACAACAUCCUGCAGCAGCGGGCGAGGGGCCAGCGAGUCAAGUUUGAGCUGCUUGUCGCUCAUAUCGUCGACGAUGGAGAUACCGUAUCAAGCGUUAGUGGUGGCAACGGAGUGGUAGACAAGUUCAGGGAGAGGUUCCCGGAGGUCGAGAUCCAGAGCAUCCCGCUUUCCGCCGUCCUCGCGCUCGACUCGAUAGACUGGAGUGCCUUGCCGCCCACAGAUCUACCAGCGGCGACCCAAGAGCCAGAGAAGAACAAUGGCCACCGCCACCGCCUCGCGUACCUCUUCUCCCAGCUCCCCUCGGCCACGUCCCGCGCCGACGUACGGCGCCUCCUGACGCGGCAUCUGCUCAUCACCACGGCGGUCCAGAACGCAUGCGACGUGCUCCUUCUCGGCUACAACACGACGAGCCUUGCGGAGCUAACGCUGUCCGAGACGGCCAAGGGGCGUGGGUUCGCGCUGCCCUGGAUGGUGAAUGACGGGGUUCUCCCCCUGCCGAGGUCGAUGCUAGACCGGGCGCCGGAGCCUGGGGUCAGUGAGAAGGAGGAUACUGGUGGGAGUGGUAAGAAGGACAGCGGUAGGAGUUCAAACCCGAGUACCACGGGGAUUCCAAUCUAUAGCCCGCUGAGGGACAUCUACCGCAAAGAGCUGUUCGUCUACUUGACGACCGUCUCAACAUCGACAUCAGCAGCAGCCCCAGCAUCCGUUCCAGCCGCUACAAGCACCGAUACUACAGCUCCAGCAAAAGCACCUUUAUUCUCCAUUAUCCCACCACAUCUGCUUCCAAGCCAACUGCAAAAAGUAGCAUUAGCGGCAGCAACAGGAACAGAGCCAGGCCAGCAGCAGCAACCACCACCGGCCGUGGUAUCCCACCGCGACCUGAGCAUCGACGACGUCAUGGCGCGCUACUUUGCCGAAGUGGAAGCCAACUAUCCUUCCGUGGUGGCCAACGUGGUCCGCACCACGGGGAAGCUGAGCUGGCUCCUCAGCGGUGACGUGGGACAUGAUCAUGAUCAUGACCACCCAACUCAGGACGCCGACGACAGCAGCUCUCCCACCACCACCACCACCACCACCACCACCACCACAGACGCCCAGCCGCGGGAGAGAGGCCGCUGCGGGAUCUGCGGGCUGCAGCUCGACGAGCACGGCAACCAGCGGUGGAGGGGCGAGAUUGGCGACUUUGACGCCAAGAACAACGAGGACGGACCUGCGCCGACGCCGCAGCAGCAGCAGAGGCAGAAGAUUAGGCAGGAGGGCAGGUUAUGCUACGGGUGUGAGCGUUCGAUCUUGGGCUAGAAGAAAAGAAGCCCGUAAAAGGACAAAGCGAUGUAAAAGACGUGUGAUCAACGACAUGACAUAUGCAGAGCUCAUUGAGAUGCAGAAUUUCAAUUGACAACAAAUCUUUUCUGCU